AAAAAUGUCACAAAUGUCAAACUUCACGUUGCAAGAAAUUUAAAAAAAUUCCAAUUUUCCCGUAAUUUAAUUAAUCAUAGUUUUUAAUGUUAAAAUAGGAAUUAUGAAUGUAAUAAAAUUAUGGCGAACAGCAUUCCAACCGUUUAAACUAAACAGAUUACCGUUGAGGAGACACGGCUACAAAAUCGCUGACAGUCGCACCAUAACCUCAAACUUACCGUCCCGACGGUUUUUAGCGAAUUUUAGGCCAACGCACGCGAAAUACGCGCUACCCGCGACGCAUUUCAGACUCGAAUUCACCAGGCAUUACGCCACAGGCAGCCCCGAUGGAACCGACGGACAAACGGGCAGCUACAACCCCCAACUACCCGCCACUGUGGCGGUACCAGAAGUCUGGCCCCACGUACCGGUCAUCGCCAUUAGCAAAAACAUAGUGUUUCCGAGAUUCAUCAAACUGAUCGAGCUAACGAAUCCCCAAUUGAUCCAACUGAUCAGGCGCAAAGUGAAGCUAAACCAGCCCUACUGCGGCAUAUUCCUGAAGAAGAAAGAGGACAACGAGUCCGAGGUGGUGGGCAACUUGAGCGAGGUGCACAAGAUCGGCGUGUUCGCCCAAAUACACGAGAUGCAGGAUCUGGGCGAUCGGCUGCGUUUGGUCGUGAUGGCCCACCGGCGCAUCAAGAUCACCAAUCAGAUAUUCGACACCGUCGACGAUCAGAAAGGCGAUAACCGUUUUUCAGAGGAGGCCGAGGCCGACAAGCGGCGACGCAAGAUGCGGACGAUCAGGGCGAUGAAGAAGACCAUAUCGGGCGCCCCCGCGCCCGAGGCGCCCCCUGCCGACGCCAAGGAGCCGCCCAAGGAGGGCCUGCUGAUGGUCGAAGUGGAGAACAUGGUGCACAACAAGUUCAAGCAGACCGAGGAGGUGAAGGCGCUCACGCAGGAGGUGAUCAAGACCAUUAGGGACAUCAUCAGCCUGAACCCCUUGUACAGGGACAGCUUGCAGCAGAUGAUGCACCAGGGCCAGCGGGUGGUGGACAAUCCGGUGUAUCUGAGCGAUUUGGGGGCCGCCCUCACGGCCGCCGAGAGCAAGGAAUUGCAGGAGGUUCUCGAAGAAAUGGACAUACCCAAGAGACUGAUGUUGUCGUUGUCGUUGCUGAAAAAAGAGUACGAACUGUCCAAGUUGCAACAGAAAAUCGGCCGGGAGGUCGAAGAGAAAGUCAAACAACAUCACAGAAAGUACAUUUUACAGGAGCAAUUAAAGGUGAUCAAAAAGGAAUUGGGCCUGGAAAAAGAGGACAAGGACGCCAUAGCGGAGAAGUUCCGGGAACGCAUCAAAGACAAGAAGCUCCCCCAAGCGGUGUCGUCCGUCAUCGAAGAGGAACUGAACAAGAUGGGCUUCCUCGAGAGCCACAGCUCGGAAUUCAACGUCACCCGCAACUACCUCGACUGGCUGUCGUCGUUGCCGUGGGGCGUGCAAAGCGAGGAGAACCUGAACCUGCGCAGGGCCUCCGAGAUCCUCGACCAAGACCACUACGGCAUGGAAGACAUCAAGCGGCGCAUCCUCGAAUUCAUAGCCGUCAGCCAGCUGAAGGGCAGCACCCAGGGGAAGAUACUGUGCUUCCACGGGCCCCCGGGCGUCGGAAAAACCAGCAUAGCUCGUUCGAUAGCCAGAGCGUUGAACAGGGAGUACUUUAGGUUCUCGGUGGGCGGCAUGACCGACGUGGCCGAGAUAAAGGGCCACAGGAGGACGUACGUGGGCGCCAUGCCCGGCAAGGUUAUACAGUGCUUGAAGAAGACCCGAACAGAGAACCCCCUGGUGCUCAUCGACGAAGUCGACAAAAUCGGAAAAGGUUAUUCGGGCGAUCCGAGUUCGGCGCUGCUCGAGCUGCUCGAUCCCGAGCAGAAUUCCAACUUCCUCGAUCACUACCUGGACGUGCCGGUCGAUCUGUCGAAGAUCCUGUUCAUAUGCACGGCGAACGUGGUGGACACGAUACCGGAGCCGUUGCGCGAUCGCAUGGAGAUGAUCGACAUGUCGGGCUACGUGGCCGAAGAGAAACUGGCCAUCGCCAAGCAGUACCUUUUGCCGCAGGCGAUGCGCGACAGCGGCUUGAAGGACGACACGAUCAAAGUGGACGACGAGGCUUUGAACGCUUUGAUCAAGAGCUAUUGCAGGGAGAGCGGCGUGAGGAAUUUGCAGAAGCACAUCGAAAAGGUGGUGAGAAAGGUGGCUUAUAAAGUGGUGAAAGAGGACGCGACGUUCGUGAACGUGGGAAAGGAUAAUUUGCAGGAUUUCGUGGGGAAGCCGGUGUUUACGCACGAUCGAAUGUAUCCCGUUACGCCGCCCGGUGUCGUCAUGGGUUUGGCUUGGACCGCCAUGGGUGAGUUGUGUUCGUUUUGUUAUGUUAAUCACCUUUGUGAACGGUGGGUCGGGCCGGCUUUGGAGAGUCUCGGGAAUUCCAGUAGAGGAGUCCAAGGGUGCUCCAAAGGCGGUUCGACUUUGUACAUCGAAACCACCACGAGGAAAUUGGCGGACGAAAAAGAUAACGAAGGUAGCUUGGAAUUGACGGGUCAUUUGGGCGAAGUGAUGAAGGAAUCGGCCAAAAUCGCCCUGACGGUAGCCAGGAAUUAUUUACAAAAACAGGAUCCUUCCAAUAAAUUCCUCUACCACAGCCAUUUACAUUUGCACGUGCCGGAGGGAGCGACGCCGAAAGACGGACCGAGCGCCGGUUGUACGAUCGUCACCGCUCUUCUGUCAUUGGCAAAAGGGGAGCCGGUUAGACAGGACGUCGCCAUGACUGGGGAGAUAUCGCUCAUGGGGAAAGUCCUACCCGUAGGGGGCAUCAAAGAGAAAACCAUAGCGGCGAAAAGGUCGGGCAUCAAGUGCAUCAUUCUGCCCGAUGAGAACAAGAAGGAUUUCAAUGAUUUGCCGAAAUUUAUUACCGAAGGGCUAGAGGUGCAUUUCGUCGCCAACGUGGAUGAGAUUUUCAAAAUAGUGUUCAGUACGAGUAAUACGCAACAACCCAAUUUGGGCAUUUGAUAAUUUUAUUUUUUUAUUAUUUUUUUUUGUUUGUUUGUCGAAUAAAACGUUAAGUAGAACUUAAGGUAUAGUUUAUACGGAUUCUAUUUGUACCUAAUAAAUUACGUU